AGUCCAAUCAGUAACCAGCAUUGCUGACAUAUUUCAGAUGACAGUGAUCUAUCGUGACCAUUCCAGUGGACGGCGACUCGAGCUGUGGCGCGUGAACUGGAGCGAGUUUACCGACGUUACCGUGAAUGUUGCUGUGUGUUUACCGGCGGCAGGAUGAAGAAAGCCCUCAAUAAGUUCUACGUCGACAUGGACAAGUACCUGUACAGUCUGGGCCUCUACAGGAAGAUGGUGGCCCGGGACGCGUGCAGUCUGUUCCGAGCCGUGUCUGAGCGGUUGUAUUACUCUCAGAACUACCACCGGAGGGUCCGUCAGCACUGCGCUAACUUCAUGAGAGCCAACAGAUGUAAAUUUGAGCUGUUUGUUGAAGGUUCCUUUGAAAAGCAUCUGGGACGUGUGGAGAACCCGAACGAGACGGUGGGUCAGGUGGAGAUCAAAGCUUUAUCUCAGCUGUACAGGUGUUGUUUCCUGAUCUACGAUUACCCGGGGAUUCCAGCCAAAGUGAUCUCAGAGGACAACUUCGUAGUUGAGGUGAUGCUGUCCCACUCCAUCAAUGGUCACUAUGACAUCAUUUACCCAAGGACUUACCACGCCUCUGCCGCCCUCCGUCAGUCUCUCCUGUAUGAGCUGUUCUACACUCGGGUGUUUUUGUCAGAAGAGACGGAGCUCUGUCAGGCGAUGGAGGCCUGCAGAGUUGAAGGUCAGCGCUAUAGACACAGCACACCUGAGGAUCAAGCUCACAGGGAGGAUGUGGAGUCCGGGGGAGCUGCUGAAGAGACGCGAGGAGCUGUGACAGAGGGGGCAAAGUGUCCACUAGAAGCCCCGCCCCGCGCCAGACUGUCUCUUUCAUAUAAGGUGAUGAGGUCUCUGGAUGCAGAGUAUUACAGAGAUGUGGAGUUUAACAUCCGGCUGGAUACCUGCGAAGAGAUGCAGAAGACAGACUACAAGUUGUUUGCAGGAAGGCAGUACCUCCUGGGAGACAAUUGUCAGGUGCAUUUGGAGGCAAUAGGGAAGUACUCCAACGCUUUCAAUCAGGAAGUAGAAACAGACUCCACGGCCGUCACCCUCAUCAUCGAGGAACUCAGAAAAAAACACCCGGACCUGAAACCAGUGAAUCCAGUUCCUGCCUGGAAUGUUGCUGCUCCUACCAGAACAGGAGACCUUGACUUGGACUCUCGUGGUGGGCGUCAUCACCACCAUUGCAACUUCAGGAAGAUUCAUGGUGGCAAUGGAGGGCCGGGGACAGAGCUUCUGAUGCCACCACCAUCCUACUAUGGAGGCCCAGCCCCCUCUGCACUACCCCCCCGCUUGCGGCAAGGGGGUCACCCUCACCCGCGGCCCCCGCCGGUCCCAGGAGCCAUGGCCCACGACCCCUCUGCUCCCCCACACCACCACCCCAUAGCCAGAACUCCUGACUAUGAUGCCUCCAGGUGGGACUUGUUGUCCUGGAUGUUCAACAGACUCCUGUUCCCCCCAACGGACCUGAAUCCAGUUCCUGCCUGGAAUGUUGCUGCUCCUACCAGAAAUGGAGACCUUGACUUGGACUCUUGUGGUGGGCGUCAUCACCGCCAUUGCAACUUCAGGAAGAUUCAUGGUAGCAGUGGAGGGCCGGGGACAGAGCUUCUGAUGCCACCACCAUCCUACUAUGGAGGCCCAGCCCCCGCUGCCCGACCCCCCCGCGUCCCGCCCGCGGGGCCCCCCCCCCCCCCAACCCCGCCGUUCCCAGGAGCCAUGGCCUACCACCCCUCUGCUCCCCCACACCACCACCCCAUAGCCAGACCUCCUCGCUAUGGAGCUUCCAGGUGGGACUUGUUGUCCUGGAUGUUCAACAGUCGAAGUUGCCAUCAGCUGGCUGCUCUUAAUAAAGAGUGUCAGUUUGGUUUCUCAGAGCCGAUGGAGGACCUAUCUGAUAUGGACCCAGCCAUCGUGUGCUACCAGCUUGAGGGCGGGGACACCGUGUUCCCUCUACUGCCGAAGAAACAUUAAAGAUGGAGUCACAAAGGAGGACAAGGAGAUCCAGCUGCUACCCUGCAGAAGUUCGAAUGUUCUUGAUGCAUAAGAAAAAAACAUUGUUUUAGUUUACAGUUCUGUUCCAGAUAUUCAAAUAAAGGUAGGACAUUUCAGACUCACUGA